AUGUUUUGGAGGGACCUGAUCAAGAGAUUAAUUUUCAUUUCACUUACUGGACUUGGGGUUUUAGGGAACAUCAUCUUAUUUGUGAGACAUGUGAAUACUCUCAUUAAGAGUCCUGAGAAAAAAAAAGUAGAUGUUAUUCUCAUCCACUUGGCUUUUGUAAACACAAUCAUUAUUCAUUGCGUAGGGGUCAGAUACAUAGCCACUAUUUUUUAUUUCAGAAACUUUCUAGGUGUCGUUGGUUGUAAAACUAUAAUUUACCUAGAAAGGGUUGCCCGUGGUCUCUCCAUCUGCACUACCUGUCUCCUCAGCGUGGUCCAGGCUGUCACCAUCAGUCCCAGGACCACCCUUUGCAGAAAGCUCAAACCACAGACUGCAUGGCAAGUUUUCCCCUUCCUCCUUCUCUUUUGGAUCUUCAAUUUCUUGAUAAGCUCCAACUUGCCUCACUAUCUCACGGCAGCCAGGAGCACGAACAGGUCUGGAGCUGGGAUGCAUACUGAGUAUUGCCGUAUGCUGCCAUCCAGGAACACAGUUAAGUGGCUCUUCAUCACUCUCAUUACUCUUCGUGAUGUCGUUUUUCAGAGUCUGAUGGGCUGGAGCAGUGGGUCCAUGGCUCUCCGUCUGUACAAACAUCACAUACGUGUCCUGUACCUUCACAGCUCCAGGUCGGCAAAUAAUUCCAGGCUAGAAAUCAGAGCUGCCCAGAGGGUUCUCAUUCUCAUGACCUGUUUCUUUUUCUUUUAUUGGGCAGAUUUCAUUUUCUCCUUCUACACAGGCUUCACGAUGACACAUGAUUCCACAAUACUCGACAUAAAUGCAUUUUUAGUGCUUAGUUAUCCUGGCCUCAGUCCCUUUGUCCUGAUUGUCAAGGAUGUCCAUGUUUUUAAGCCCUGCUGUGAGCUCUGA